CAGCUCCAUGGUUCAGCCGAGAAGCGUUCAGCAUAAGUAUUGAUUGCAGCAUAUGAGGUGCUGCCUGUAGGACCAAGCCAAAUUGGGGGAGUAUGGAGCUGGCGCCCCCGGCUGCUUUGUCUGCGGGCACUGUCUCUGCAGGGAGCUCCUCGACUCUCUUGCUGACGGCACUUGUGUUCCUCGUUUUUGCUAUCCUGCUUGCAGUCCUUCUGCGGCACCAGCGACAGUCCAAUUCUAGUCUGCUCGCUGCGCACCACCUGAGGCGGCAGUCAGCCCAAUUCCGAGGGGUGGGGACGGCCCAUUGCUGGCAAGAGGAGCCGUCAUACCGCCUUAUCAGCCGUUGCUGCGUCUGCCUGGAAACAUGCCUUCAGGCCCCGGUGGUUGCUGUGACUUCCAUCCGGGGCGUGGAGCGGUGCCAGGUGUGUGGAAUCAGCGUGCACCAGGAGUGUCUACGCAGGGCGUCCCGUGACUGCAAGCCGGUCUCGCUGCCUGCGGAUCAGCCAUUGCAGCACCACUGGAUCGAUGGGGACAGCAUAGUGGAGGACCUGCCGGCGGACGAGGGGGAUGGGUGCAUGUUCUGUGAGGAGCCGUGCAGCGCCAAUUUCCUGGGGGCGGGGACGGUGUCACUCUGUGUCUGGUGCCAGCGUAAAGUCCACAAUGAUUGCCUUACGGAGUCGCCAAAGGAAGGGGAGGGCAAGGUGUGUGACCUGGGGGACCACCGCCGGCUGAUCAUUCCCCCCGGCUGUGUCAGCAGCACAGGGCACACAGUCACUGCACUGCUUGAGGCAGUUUUGGGGAGCGGGACAAUCCGGAAUAGGAGGAAGACACCCAAGGGGCAGAAGAAGGGGCUAACUCACAACGGGGCGUUUGGGAGUGUCGCUGACUUUCGGCGCAAGGAAGCCGAGAGAGUGGCUGUCAAUGGGGGGGACACCAAGGCUGCAAACCCGAAACACACAAUCGGAGAAUUGCCCCAGGACUGUCGGCCUCUGCUGGUGUUUGUGAACAAGCGGUCAGGAGCACAGCAUGGAGCUCACCUCAGGCGGCGCUUCAGCCGCCUCCUAAACCCCCUCCAGGUUUGGGAGCUCAGUGCAGAGCAGGGCCCGGAAGUGGGGCUUAAAUUGUUCGAGAAUGUGAAGCACUUUUCUGUACUGGUGUGUGGGGGAGACGGAACAGUGGGCUGGGUGAUGGACGCAAUCGAGAGUAAGCAGUACGAGUUCCCGCCACCCAUCGCAGUGUGUCCCCUGGGCACCGGCAAUGACCUGGCGCGUGUGCUCAAUUGGGGGGGCGGCUACGGCGCCAUCAAGGUCCCUGGGGGCUUGCACACCCUGCUCCAGGACCUGCUGGACCGCGCCGCGUUUUGCCUGCUUGACAGGUGGCAGCUCACCAUUCGGGAGCCUCCGGAGGGGAAGGAGAGCGGGCCGGGCCGGGUGGUAGCAACGAAGUACAUGAACAAUUACAUGGGGGUGGGCUGUGACGCAAAGAUCGCGCUUGACGUGCACAGCCUGCGCGAAGAGUCACCAGAGCUGUUUUACAGCCAGUUGGUGAACAAGUUCUGGUACACCAAGGAGGGCGCCAAGACGUUCCUGGAGCAGAGCUGCGCCGACCUGCCGUGGGACCUGCACGUGGAGCUGGACGGGCAGCCCCUCGACAUUCCAGACGGCGUGGAAGGCCUGGUGCUGCUCAACAUCCCUAGCUUCAUGGGCGGGGUGGACCUGUGGCAGAGCCAGGAGGAGCACGAGGACCCUCUCGCGCCGCAGGCCAUGCACGACAAGGUCAUCGAGGUCGUCGGCAUCUACAGCGUCCUGCACCUCGGCAGGCUGCAGAUUGGGCUGAGCCGCGCUCUACGGCUGGGCCAGGCACGUCGUGUGCGGCUGCGCACGAGCGCGGCUCUGCCGUUCCAGGUGGACGGGGAGCCGUGGCUGCAGGCCGGUCCCGCGUGCAUCGAAGUGACGCACCACAGCCAGGCCUUCAUGCUGCGGCGCAGUGCAGAAGAGGCGGGCGGGUGCACGCCGGCCAUUGUGCAGGACGUGCUGGAGGCAGCGGAGAGCCGGGGGAUCAUCCACGGGGGACAGAGGAAGCAGCUGCUGCAGGACCUGGCGUUGCGGUUGCACCACUGAAAAGGAAGAGGGGG